AUGCCUCGUGUCGCAAACAAGGCUCAUCGCCGUUCAAACGGCAACUCCACCCCUCACAAGAACUCUCCUAUUAAGAUUCCCCUCAACGAUGAUAUGGGGGAGAAAGCCGCCCGUAUGGAGGCCCGUCAAGCAUUACACGAUCGACAAAUGAGCCAAAUCAAAGCCGCAGUCAAAACACCGAUGCCGCCGCGCCGAUACACACUUAACCGCGACGGAAGCGAAAGUCCGGGGACACCGCGCGCAUCAAGUCACCGCGGUCGGGAAAGCGAUGUCAAUGGUCGCGCAGUGACUCCGAUGAAGCGCGUUCCUAUCCUCGCCAACUUUGAGGAAUGGAUGAAGAUGGCUACCGACAACAAGAUUAAUGCGAACAACUCCUGGAACUUUGCCCUUAUCGAUUACUUCCAUGAUAUGUCCCUCCUGAAAGAGGGAGAUGGUGUGAACUUUCAGAAGGCUAGUUGUACCCUCGAUGGAUGUGUUAAGAUUUACACAAGUCGAGUAGACAGCGUCGCUACUGAAACCGGAAAACUGCUCAGUGGUUUGGCUGAUAGUCGCGACAAGAGGGGACGAGAUGCUGAUGCAGAAGGAGAAGACGGCGAUGAGGAUGAGGAGGGAGAAGAUGGCGCACCGCGAAAGUCGCGCAAGAAGACACGUUCCCACGAAGCUACAUUGGCCCCAUCUUUUGCAUCAUUACAACUGAAGAAGUUCGAGCUGGAGUUUGCUGUGGAUCCGUUAUUCAAGAAGGCGUCAGCAGAUUUUGACGAAGGCGGAGCCAAGGGUCUGCUGCUCAACCACCUGGCUAUCGAUGGAGUGGGACGAAUUGUCUUUGAUAGCAGUGAUGACGCCGUAGACGACAGUUCUAAGACAGCAGAAGGCGAAGAUCGAGAGUCUCCCGAUCCAGAGUCUCAAGGUGAAGACCAGACACAACCUGCCCCUCCGAGCGCACGCGACACCUUCGAGGAUGACCCAGAGAUUGAUCUAGCUACACUAGCCAGCCGGUUUUUCCCCGAUUUGGAUCGAUUAGGAGAGCAGGAUAUCUGUCCUUCCCUGAAGAACUUCGACCUGGGUGACCCGAGCGGAUCCUUGGACAUUCCUUUUCUCAAAGCGCCUGAGGAUUGGCGACAGGAGAACAACCAUGAAAAUGGAGUUGACGAGCCAUCGGGAAUCAUGCUGGAUGAUGACAAUGCAGUUGGCUUUGACGAUGACGAGGCCUCUUUGGCCGGCUUUGACCUGAGUGGCGACGCCGGCUUCGGUGAUGGAGGAGAGGCUUGGGCCAGGGAGGCGGCCUUGGAACCAAUGCUCAAGGUGCACCGAUUAGAUAAUGGCGAAGAUGCAGAUGGUGAUGAGGACAUGGACCACGAGGACUCAUAUGCGGUUUCUAUGUCUCAUCAAACAAGCAAACAAGACCAUGAAAAUAUCCUCAGUUACUUUGACAAUGCGCUUCAGAAGAACUGGGCAGGUCCAGAGCAUUGGAAAAUUCGAAGAAUUAAAGAUCAUACAGCAGCCAGCACUACCUCAGCCCCCAAGCCACGAAAGGAGAAAGAGCCUUUCGAGAUCGACUUUGGAGCUCCUCUGGAUCAUGCCAUUGCUGAGUUAAUCUACAUGCCGGCCAGCUCGAACUCGGCGAUUUCCCUACCAAAGACACAAUGGAAGACAAAGGGACGAAAUCUGUUACCCGAUGACAAACAUUUCAACUCCCGCAACCUUCUCCGCCUUUUCCUCAAGCCCAAAGCCCGUAUGGGAUCGAAGAAACUUCUGGGCAGACGAACGAUUCGUCCUCAAGAACAAACUUCUGGAAAUGGCGACAUGGACGAGGCCUUCUGGGCGAAUCACAAGGUGGAAGACAAUGCCGAAGAAGGUGCUGCUGGCGCUUACGAUGCUAAUUUCUUCGCCGAUGAUGAUGGUCUUGCCUUCCCUAAUGGUAUGGAUCUUGAUGACGAUGACGACAAUCUGCCAUUUGCCGAUGCCCGUGAAAUGCUGUCUCCAGCGGUCGAUGGACGUUCUGUCACAGAUCCUGCAUCACAAACUGGGUUGGCGGCGUUGUUGAACAUGGUUGGUGCCACACCGGCCCGCCCUGGAGCUGGCGGAUAUGGCUCCCAGCUAGUUACUCAAGGCGGACGACGUGCGCGCCCAGAUUAUGUUAACUAUGCCCGUGUCGCCAAGAAGGUUGACGUACGACGACUCAAGACUGAAAUGUGGAAGGGCAUGGGUCAAAGGUUGAUUGCCGCCACAGAAUUUGGCUCAGCUUCACAACCUGGGGUUCUUUCUAGCGAGGCACCGACCGAGCCGGAGAGUGAAGCUGAGGUCCCUGAGCCAACGACACCACGAGCAGGUAGCCCCGAGGAACCCAAGAACGAUUCCCGCCUACGCUUUACCCAGAUUAUGAAUUCGCUGAAGUCUGUUUAUCCGACCGAGACCUUGCGUGAUAUCAGCACUUCUUUCGGAUUCAUUUGUCUUCUCCAUUUGGCCAAUGAACAAGGUCUUGUCUUGGAAAGCGAUAUUAGCAAAAUUGCCAGUGGCGCCUGCAGCCUUGAGGAAAUCUUUGUUAGCCGAGAUGUUCAUGCUGUCCUUGAGGAGGGCGCCAUGUAA